UCACAGGUAGACUCAUGGUUGGUCUGCGUUGGUGGAAUCACAUAGACGAAGAUGGAAAAAGCCAUUGGGUGUUUGAGUCCAGGAAGGAUUCUGCUCAAGAGAGUAAAACUGUUUCCGAGGCCGAAUCGAGAAUCUUUUGGUUAGGACUAAUUGCCUGUCCGGUGCUGUGGGUGAUAUUUGCCUUCAGUGCGCUGUUCUCCUUCAGAGUGAAGUGGCUGGCGGUGGUUAUCAUGGGUGUGGUGCUACAAGGUGCCAACCUGUAUGGCUACAUCAGGUGCAAAGUGGGCAGCAGGAAGAAUUUAACCAACAUGGCCACAUCGUAUCUCGGAAAGCAGCUGUUAAGACAGAACACUGGAGAUGAUCAGACUUCCUGAAGAGGGGGGAGAAAGCUCAUGUAUUCGGUUACGCGGGGGAAUGGCUGGAGAGAGUCUGGACUCUGAACCUUUUGGAACUGAGUACAUGUUGCAAGGAGGAACGUUGGCGUCUGGGGCUCGAAAGUAUGGUGUGGCCAGAGACACUGUCCAAACUGGUUCCCGGUUUACGUAGGUGAUGUCCAUAUGUCUCAAGUUAAUGCAAGUGUCUUUACGUGCAUAUGAAUGGAGACCUUUGCGUUUUGACCCACAGAAUAUGGAAGAUGUUCCCCGUCUCUCAGAACUCUAGGUGUGUACAUACUUGUCUUGUAGAUCGUCGUCAGAAGGAAGUUUUGCUUCCGUGGUGAGAGUGAGCACUUUGGCUUAUUUAGAAGUUAGAAAUAAUUGUUAGUUAACUUUACAACUUAAUACAUACUUUGUGAUGAGACUUCUUAGGCACUCACAGGCAGGUAAAAACCAAAUUCGGGCCAGUGGUUAACUAGUUCGUCAAGUUUGUUUCCUUUCAUUUGUAACAAGUCGUGUAGUUAGGGCCCAAUUAAUGUAAAUGGAAUUUUCCUAGUUUAUGUUUAGGGGCUCCCCUAGAGAAUUGCUGCUGUUCUAUUUAUUUUUCGGAAGGGUUAGUCAGAUUUCACUUUGCCACUUUCCGUAGGCUCUCUGUUGGUCCUUGGCCUAAUGAAAUCUCUCUUUUAUCACUAAGAGAGUAUUAUUCUUAUGUCAUAGUGAGAAUAAUCACAUAAAUACUUGGCAUAAUAAAUGCCCACAAGACAUUUUAUCUUAUGAAUCUAUUUUUUUUUUCUUGCUAUAAUGGGGAUAUUGUAAAUCAUGCGUUUGUAUUAAUGGUAUUUCUUAAGGCAAUAUAUGUAACAGUCUCCAAGCUGUCGUAGGAGUCUAUAAAUUCUGUUGCAGGUUCUGUAAACUUUGUUGGAGUCUUUCAACCAACAGAUUAUUUUGUGAAUGUAUUUAUACCUUGUUGAAAUUUUUCAAAAGAUGUUUAAUUGAAUAAGUCUUUGUUGGAGUGAUAGCUUGAAGGUGCAUAACUCUAUAUUUGUAUAAAA